AUGGAAGUCUGGACUUACUUUCAAGACAUUCUCUUCCCAAGGAUACAAGAAUUUGCCACAGAAGCUUGGCUUGCUUACUCCAGACCUCUGCCAUCAAGCCACAACCAGCUAUUAUCUCUUUUUCUGAUGUGCUGUUGCAUUGCUGCAGCCAUUGGAGGACUCUUCUACAACUGGAUGUUUUUCUCACUGCAAUAUUCUUUCCAGUUCUCUGCCGCAGCUGCUUCAGCCAUUAGUUUUCUGGCCCUGUUGACCCUCUUCUUGAUGCACCCUAUCCGUUGCAUGUUCACUAUAAUUGUGCCUACUUUAGGGACCAAGCAAGGGCGGAGGUUGCUCCUGUCUGCCACCUUCAUGAUUGUGGCUGUCAACAUAGUGCCAAACAUCAUGAGCAACAUCGAAACCAUCCUGCAGGUCAUCAAAUGCAUCUGCAAGAAUUCCUCUGAGAGCCUUCUGAACUCAACAGUUCUCUUGGGGAACGCUUCGUGGGACUUCAGUGAUGCUCUCAAACGGGUGACUGACAACAUGCCGGACCAAACAGGGAGAGCUAGGGAUGGCCAUGUCUGGUUUGAAACCCACAACAACAACAAUUUAUUGAGUCAGAGAAUUAUCAGUGCCAGCCAAGGGAUCAAAGAAGAUUUCUUGCAAGUUGAUGUGCUGGUCCAGAAGGUCAUACUGUUGGGUAACCGGGUGAUUGCUGGCUUCUUCCUCUUCUAUCUGAUAUUUGAGUCUGCUUGGUACCUAAAGAGCUACCUCACAGAUCUCCGUUUUGACAAUGUUUACAUCACCAAAAAGCUAGAAGAUUUGGCUCGGGAGAACAAAGCAACUCACCUGCUAGUUUGUUCACCAAAGAAACUGAUCAAGUCCACAGGAUUCAAGCUAUCCCGAGAGGAACUCCUUUCUUGUGUAAUGCACCUUUUUCUUCUUACCUUAGUGCUCAUGUUGACACUAGUGAUCAUAGCAACGGACUAUAUCGCCUUCCAUUUGGCACAAGCGGCUGUGACCGAAGUCGCCCAGUUCCCUGUUGUGCCAAUAGUCAUCUCCAUAAAAUAUGAGGCGAAGCUGAUUUUUGUGCCAUUUUUGGAAUAUAUUUUUAACGGUGCUUUUUCUACAGAGCAGUCCUUGCCUCCGUUUGAAAGGAGCUAUCAUCAGAAUCUGACCUUUGUCUCUGCUAACUGCCCCAUGAGGUGGCCAAACCCUCCCAACAAAGCUGUGGUCCUUGCCGUUGGGCUCCUCUAUUGCAUCAUUUAUACCAUGAUCUUUUUGGAAACAUACUCACGUCGGCUGUGCCGGAAAAUUUCAGCCUCCUUUUUCAACAGCCAAGAAGACCGGAGAGUUCAGUACCUCUACAGGAAACUUGUUGGGAAACACAAGAAAAAGAAUGGACACCAGCAGAAACCAACCACACCGUCUUAA